CACGCGGUUCAUCUCGAGCAUGUUAAGGCCUUCGAUGUGACCCGCACUGGAGACAAUGUACCCCGUGGCGAGGGCCGCGACAAACGCCAACAUGGCAGUGAUGUACAGCACCGACCCACGAAAGUAGAGUGCGAUAUUGGCCGGAAUCUCCAGGGGGUUGGGCAGGGCGUCGAUGGCGAAGUUGAUGCCACUCAUCAACACCAUCGUGUCGACAUCGCCUUGAAACGACACGACUUCCCGUCGGCCGAGCAGCCACUCCAACGCGAUCCCCCAUGAAAAGAAGUAAAAACUCGGGUCCUCUGGGAACAAAGGUUGGGCUACCAUGGCCCCAUUCAACACCGCAAACUGCACCAUGGUCACGUUCAGAGUCGUGAUGUCGUGCUGAGCACUACUCGCUGCAGUAGCAAACGAUGCGAGCUGGUCAUGUGUAAAGAACGACGUCGUAAAGUUGACCGUGGCUUGCACUAGGCCAGUACAAACGUCCCCACCAGUGUGCUGUUCAUUGGCACACUUAGAGGCAGCGUCAGUGACAGUUCCAGACAGCGCAGAGAUGACGUUGGUCGACAAGGUCGGGUAGGUGGACUCUGUGACACUAGAACACCCGCCGUCUGCCCACAGCGUCAGCAUUUGAUUCGACGUUGUAGCAGUCCCCGGGUUGCACAGCAAGUUGCCUGUAAACCGAUUUGUUCCUCGCCACGCGCUGGGGCAAUACAACCACGACGACGGCAAUGGCAGGUUAAAGUACGCUACUUGAGCGGCGCUGUUGAGUGCCACGACUUGAGCCACUGAUUCGGCCGCGAGUUUGUAAAACAGUUGCAACGAAGACGGAAACGGUACAUGGUACGCGUCGAUAGAGCCAAACGGACCAAUGAUCUGACGCACAGACUCAAAGGUGCUGUAGAACGGCUGGCUCACGAUGCCAGCGUCCGUCAAAGCCGAUUCUAUCGAGUUGUUGGUAUACGCGUAGGUCGAGCUGGACGCAAGCAAGCUGUUAUUCGAGGCAUCUGUCAAGUCGUAAGCAAAGCUCCAGUACAGUUUCAUAGAUGUUUGGAUGUCAAUUUGCAUGAGCCCUUUGGUGGACUUGAUGGUCAUCGGGUACGAUACCCCAAACGCAUUUUCGAUAUUGAACGCUUCCACCACGCCCAGCCGUUUGAAGUUUUGGUAUUGCAUCGUGUAGUGAAGAACGGGUACCGUGCCCCAGUACGCUGCCUCCUCGUCCUCUGUCGUCGUGACUUGCUGGACAGAUUCAAGCCAUCGAGUGCCCUCUGGUGUGGUUUUCAAAUCGCUUGCGAUGGACAAUUCAAAUCGAUCACCCCAACACUUUAGAAACGAUGGCCAAUCCAGGUUGCGCAGCGCAGACUCCAAAUACACGGCCCCGUUUGCCUUGUACAACUCGCAGCGACGUUGACGGGCUCGUGUGUUGGCCAUAGGAAACUGUUUAGCAAAGUCUAACCAACAGUACUGUGUCAUGAUCCACGGCAUUUGGCACACGUCCGACAGCCGCAACCCGACAAUCGCAUGCGACACCGUGUUGAUUUCUUCAAAUUGAACGAUACGGCCAUACAGUGGACUCACGGAAAUGACCGUGCUCGACGAAUUGUACUUGAUCGUGUCGCCAUACGUGACGUUCGCCAACGAUGUUGAGAAGCCUUUCGGGUUUAUCGACAACUGCACCGCGUACCAAUUUCCCAGAUACGCGUGGGUGCCCGUAGUGUUGAAGUAUGGCCACCAAAAGUCAUUGGCCAUGUUGUAUUUGGUGGAAAGAAUGUACAAGACGGCCCCUCCAAUGGAGCUCAUCAUGUACAUGAGCCCCCCCACAGCGAUCAUCCGAUUCACAAGCCCAAAUGGGCGCGAGGUAUGAUCCCCCGCCGAGGGGAGGUACCGGUAGUCCAUGGACGGGGGGCGGAAGGACGCGGCGUGACUGAGCAUGCCUCGGCUAUGACUGGGGCGUUUCUGACUGAUGAGCAUCCACGACUUGAUGUCAAAAAAGUAUUGGACAUCGCCGAUUUCGAUGCUCAACAGGCCACACAUGACACAGGUGGCCUUAUCGAAGCUGGCGAUUCUCCCUUGUCCGCU